AUGCCACUUUCACAUCCAAAACCGUACGCUAUGGUGGAUGAGCAGAGAGUGGGAUCAGAUUCUGCCGAGCAUGGUACACGCCGAAGGUCAUCUUCUGUGAAGCACGCCAUUACUAAUAUGAUUAGAACCGGGUCUAAUCAUAUUAACUCUACGAACAACCGGCAACGUUCAAGCUCCCACGCCAGUGCUACCCCAGGAACUGGUCUCGCAGCUUUGCAUAGCACUUUAUUGUUUCAUGGAGGAUCGCCGCGGCUGUCACAUGGCUACGACGAUUACGGAGUUGCCUCCAACGAGCUUGCCUUAGCAGAAAACGCUCCGAAGUCAGUAUUCAGUGAGGACGAAUACGAAGAGGCCGAUAUCGAGUCGGGCGAAAACUUUUCUGAGUCUGAUGAACUGCACAGCGAUUUGAGCUCUCAUACGUCAAAACUGCCGGCAAACCUUUUAAAUGGUCGGAAAUACAUGCUGGAAUACCUAGGAGAAAGGGGAUUUCUUCACCCAAAGGUUUUGUCAUCUAAUAAAGAUAUGAUCAUAUCUUCUGCGACAUCAUCAGAAGUGGUGUUUUUGCCGACGGUAUCGUCACAGGACGACGAAUAUCUCAGUCAUCUGGCGAUGCUCAAUGGAACCGAAACCCUACUCGACCAGCCGGGCACGUCUAGUCAAGACGAAGCAUCCCCAAUGGCCGCAAGUGAUCAACAGUCUAACUCUACAACAAGCAAUGAUGGAGGAGCGGGAGAAAAUACUCCAAUUGACGCAGAGGGAAAGAAUGUUCUUUUCAACCUGGCAGUCAUUGUUUCAUUCAAGGAUUCAACGACUUUGACCAAACUAAGAGCGGAGUUGUAUUCGAAGGUGCGAGUAUACUGGCAGCACGGUGUACCACCUGAGAAAACAACUAAUGAAGAAUACUACACAUUGGGCGAAUUGCAAUGGGAUCUUACGGAGAGUAACUACAACCUCUACGUCCCGCGCCACCUGUCUACUAAGAACAAAAUUGUCGAACAGCCCGAGACCUCCAUAAAACCAGCUUUGUUUCAGAACAAGACGGACUUAGCAACCCAGAGCUACACGAACAGAAAAAAAUCGAAUGAUAUACUCUCAGCAAGCCUUGAUACUUUAGGCAAAGAACAGACCUUUCGACCGGGUGAAUAUGUGUUUCUAAUACCAGUAUUUUUCUCUUGCACCAUUCCAGAGACACUGUAUUUACCGUCGGGACGAGUUAGCUAUCAAUUUCGUUGUGCAGCAAAGCUGGCGUCAAGUAACUCUACACCCGGAGAUGCUAAAAGCGACAAUUAUUCUGGUCAUUCAGGUGGCUCCCAUGCUUCUGAAGAUCAGCCAACGGAACCUUCAACUCACAAUAAAUUUUCGAGCAAUAAACUAUUAAGAAAAGUGCGAGAUCAGUUUCAAAGCGGAGCUGAUAAAGGCCCGGCCAAGAAUAAUUUGAUCAGGGGAGAUCAAACCAUUCAAGUUGUGCGUAUUCCUCCCAAGAUCUCGGACUUCACAGCAGACAAGCCCGUUUAUAUUAACAGAGUUUGGAAUGAUGCGUUAUCAUACGAAGUAUCACUACUCAAGAAGUACGUACCAGCUGGCAGCCAGGUACCAAUCAAGAUAAAGCUGUCUCCAAUCAGUAAGGACAUUUCAGUAAAAAGGUUACGAGUGAGUGUUAUUGAAAAAAUCACUUAUGUGUCAAAGAAUUUGGAAUACGAGUUUGAACAAACUGAAGCUAUUGCAAAUGACCCGUAUAAUCCUUAUUAUUCGGAAUUUGUUUGCAGAAGAAAGCAAGAACGGAUUCUGCCGCUAUGGGAAAUAAGAUCGAAGGAAAAAGGUGGCAGAGCCAUGAAGGAAGAAAUUAUAGACAACUGCCGGUCAGAAAAUCUUUUAUCCUAUGCUGGCUUGCCCUCUGAUAGCAAAACUAGUGGGCCAUCCCAUGAUUUGGUGGAUCCUUUGGUUAUCGAGUCAAAACUAAGCUUCCCCAAAUUUUCAAUGCUAGAUAAGAAGUCGUCUAAAGCUGUGCCACCGUAUGGUAUUGAUGAGUUCACUAGUGGUUAUCAAUCACACACUGCGUCCAGCGGGCCAACACUCAGAAGAAAUAGCGCAGCUUCUGGUGUAAUAGGAUUUUUUGCUGGCCGCCGUGCCAACACGCCCUUUGCUUCGCGUCGUGCAUCGACCUCUAGCCCCAUUGAAAAGGAGAGUUCCAGAACUUCAUUCAAGUCUGUGUCAAACGUGAGGGUUGACUCACAUAGCCGUGUUAAUGAACCCAAGCGUGGUCUUUACCUGGAUUGCGUCAGUUUCAAGAACAUACAUGUUAAGCAUAAACUGGAGAUCAUGCUGCGUAUCAGCAAAAAAUCGGAUGGAGAUUCGAAUGCCGUGAAGCACUACGAAGUGUUGAUCGAUACACCGAUAUACAUUGUCUCUGAUCUUUGUGGCACUUCCAACAUUGAGUUGCCCACGUAUGAUGUUGCAACCAAAGCGUCAUUUCCCGAGACUGUUCCUCCUCCAUCAUUUGAAGAAGCCAUUUCUGUCCCCGGGUCUCCGGUAGCCUCUCCAUUCACGCCCCCAAUGAGCACUCCGAAUGUUUCUGGGUCGUACGAGCCAGAUGACUUAUCUAUCCAUCAAUUGUCGCUUUCAAGGGCAAGCACACAUAACCACAGCUCAGAACCCUCAAUGCUGAACGGUCCCAACUGUGAAAGGCGUUUUAGUAACAUUGAUUGCGUUAUAAACGCAAAUUCCAGUGGAUCUGAGACGAAUCUUUUUCGGGAAGGAUUCGCUUUCAAGCAUUCCGCGAACGUUACAGGGCCUGUGCAUGGGUCACCAACUGACGAAGAUGACGAACCUCCUGGUUACGAAAUUUAG